GUCACUGCCAGUUUUGUGUUGUGCUCACUUGGAAAAUACGUGUUUUUACUGUGUGUUUACCAAUAAUUAUUUAUUUUAUAAUACAAUUAAUAGUUUGUUAAUGUUGAUACUGCAUAUAGGUUUGGUUUUGUAAUGUGAAGGUUUGUUUUACCAUCAAAAGCGGUGCAGUAAAGUGGCCCGCUGAUAGUUGUGAAAAAUAACACAUCAAUAUAAAUUUCACAAUCACAUACUGCAAUGGAGAAAAAGAACACGGCCGCUCUCCGCAACGCAGCAGCGGAAUGGAGCCUCGCUGGGGACAAGCAGCUCCUGGACAUCCUACAGAAUAUACAUCAGAGCCUGAUGACAAAAUGCCAGGAGGUGAAUCAGCGGUUAGACGAGAUGGUGACAGCUCUCGAUGAUGCCAGCGUAGACCUGCAGAAUGUCAAUAACAAGUUUAUGGCUCUCAGUAACACUCAGUUUAUAGAGAGUCGGGUUUAUGAUGACGACUUAGAAACGACCGUACAACAAACUACUAAGAAUACGGCACCACCUCCUCCCCAAGAGUUGUCAGAGCUGGACAGCAUCAUACAAUCCGUCAAAGCAUUGGAGAACGCACACGAAGCCAUACAAAUAGUCGGCUCGGAUUCUGAGAGUGAUACAGAUUCGGAGGGCACUAGCGUGGUUUUAAAACCGAAGGACAUGUAUGGCUCCCGCCCCUUGCCACAUAUCAUCGGUAGUGCACCGUGGAGGAAUAAAUGGCAUGCUGGUCUAAUAGUGGAUGACAGUGACACUGACAGUGUAACCUCUAAACCGGAAACGGCGGGUGAAGUGUAUUCCGAUUCGGAACCGGACAUCGAUGAUGAUGAGAUACACGACUAUAAACACCCAGCCGAGAUUACCGGACAGGAGGCGCAGGGUUCCACCACCAGCUCUGAGAUGUUCUCGGAACAGGAUUCCACUCCAAUUGCAGCGUCAAAACCGACGCCUUCAGACGUGGCUGCCGAAUUACAUAGGAGACUGCGUGGGCAUGCGGAGUUACCUCAGGUGGACACAGAUUUCACACCGAGCCAACCCACCACCAGGAAAAUAUAUAAACCGGAACAACCCACUGCUGGUACAAUAUUUUCUGAUGAACCUCCACCAUUCGAGGGUUACCAAUCAGAAGGAGAGCAAUACAGUCAAGAUGAAGACGACGACAUAUUCGCAGAGUUACAGAAGAAUAAACCCAAUAACGAUAGCAAUAAAGUUCGAAGUCGCGUGGCGGAAGAUCUGUUUGGUGGUUUUCAGGAUGAUAGAGGAGAUCUAUUCGAUGAUAUAGUUGGAGCUAAGCCCCCAUCGCCUCCGGUUGCCAAACAGAAAUCAACCUUAUUCGAAGACGAAUCGGAACCAGAGUUGUUUGCGAGCAAACCCGUUGACAAACCAAUAGUCAUACAACGAAACGACCCUCCCGACGUCGAAUCUGUUAAAAAACCAAUUGGUGGUAUAUCUCUGUUCGGCUCAAACAAAGGUGCUGAAAGUAUAGGUGCCGCAAUUUUAAGGCGAAACCGUCGCAAAUCCUCAUCUGACGAAGAUGACAACACUAUGAGCGAAGAAAUGCCAAAACCGAGACAUGAACAAACAAUGAAAGCAGCAGAAAAAGAUAUAUUCGACGAUUUGUUCGCUAAAUCUGAAAGAGAACAGAAAAUAGCUAAAGAAAAGAAAGAAGUCACUAAAGUAACAAAUACACAAGGUGAAACUAAAAAAGUGGAUUUGUUUAGCGAUAAUUUAUUCGAUGAUAUCGAUAAUAUAUUCGCUUCAGAUGUAGUUAAAGUCAGUUCGAAGUCUAAUGAAAAGCCAAAGUCACUAUUUGACGAUGAUGAUGAUGACCUAUUUGCUGAUAUAGCUGUUUCUGAAACGACAAAACGUGAAGUCAAGGUUGAGAGCAAGAAUAAAAGUAUUUUCGACAGUGACGAUGAUCUGUUUUCAGAAAACGUCGUUAAAUCUAAUGUUAAAUCGAACGUACUAAGUGGAACAGUUAAUUAUCCAAGUGUUAAUAAAACAAAUGAUAGUAUUAAAGAUAGUAGAUCUGUGUUCAAUAAUAGUAAUAGUAAUAUAUCUUCUAAUUUAAAUAAAAACAAAUUUGAAAAUACUGUAAUAAGUUCUGCUGCUCAAGAAACUAACAAUAAAAACACAAAAAAUACUAUUUCUCAAAGUGAAAAUAGAAAACCUGAUAUAAUUAAUACAUUAAAUAACAACAAUAAUAAGUCUGAUAAAUGUAGGGAAAAAGUUGGAUUAAUGUUUGAUGACGAUGAUAACGAUAGUGACGAUAUAUUUAGCAAUACCAACAAAAAUACAACAAUUACUCAUGAAAAACAUGAUAAUUCGUCUACUUCGGUAAAUCCAAUUGAAAAAGUCAUUGCCAAAAAUGAAAUUAAAACAACUAAAAUAUCAAUAUUAGAUGAUGAUAAUCUAUUUACUGGAUCAAGCGAACCUUCGAAAUCGACUGUUGAAGAAGCAGUAAAGUCCUCAAACGAAGUCAAUAGCAAAUCUAAUAGUUAUAACGUAUUUGAUACAUCAUCUAAAGAAACAGACAAGACGGAAAAUAUUGCUCAAAAUAAUAAUACUAAAGAAAAGACUGAAACGAAUUCACCAAUUUUCGGGGACGACUCAGACAACAGUGAUGAAUUUUUGUUUAGCAAUAAUAAUAAAAAAUCUUCUAACAACAUAAAAUCAAAUACUUCCAUUAAACCAGUAGAUAGUACUCCUAGUGAAUCCAAUGUUAAUAAAUCAAGUCUGAAAUCAGAAACAAAGAGUGAUAAUAAUCUCAAUAAUGAUAACAACAUAUUAGAAAACAAAAUUGAAAAAGGAAGCCCAGAUCAUGGAAAUUUAAACGUGAGCAAAGAAAGCAUAAAACCGGAAAUCCCAGAGACUGAUUUUGAAAGUUGUUCAAACGAUAUAUCUAUAGAUAUACCUCAAGAUAACACCGAAAGUGAUAGUUUUCUAAAUGCAGUAAAAGAUGCAAUAUUUAACACUUCGGAUGACAUAUUUAAUGACAUAAUGGAUGAACCGCCUGCUUUUGAAAAGACCAAAGAACCCAAAAAAAGUAAAAAUGUGAACGCAUUAUUCGAUGAUGAUUCUGAUGAUGAAGCUUUGUUCUUCAAAAAGAAUGACGUUACAUAUGAUGAGAAACUAGAUGAUGAUGACAUUAGUAAUAGCGAUCAAAUGUUUGGUGUUUUUCACAGUGAACCACCGGCUAUUGAUAUUGAUUUCACUCAUAAUGUAGACAAAAAAGCUGAAAAAGGUUUCUUAGGCUCUGAUUCUGAUGAUGACUUAUUUCAAAUAAAGGGAAAAGUAAAACCUGAUUCCAAAAAAGUUACCGAAAAUUCACAGAAAUCAGUCGAAAACUCUAAAGAUGUCUUUAAUGAUGGUCUUGAUGAUUUUCCAAUAACAAACGUAUCAUCUAAGCCUUUUAUAUCUGAUGGUAAACAAUCCGAAUCAAAUAAAGUUAUUGCAAAUGACAAUUUCUUUAACACAUCUUCAUCGAAAGCGCUAAAACAAAAUACUGUUACAGCAACUGAUCCUAUCCAAAAAGAAACGGCCUCAAGAUCAGAUACAGACCUAAAAACUGAAGUAUUAAAAGAUAAGACACACGAACAAACGAAUUUAACACCUGGAACUGAAGCAGUAAAGCCUACUUCAGAUAAACCUCUACCACCUAAAUAUGAAGCUCAAACAUCUGACACUCCAGACAGCCCAGAAUCUAAGAAAGUGGGCAAAUUAAAAAACAUGAAUUUCAAUAUAGAUGUAAGCACUUUACUUCCCGGUGCUUCCCCCAAGAAAAAAAUCGUAGAGCAAGUAGACGGACAAAUUUUGUCAGCUAAAAGUCAAGAAGACUUUCACCAAAAAGACAAUAUCGAACAUACGAUAGUCAAAGCUGUCAGUUUUGAAGGGGAACCUGAUUCCCAAAUUCUAGACAAUAAACUAUCUAAAGAAAGAGCUAAAAUCCAAGUUAAAAGAAGACCUAGCACUAGAAGAGCUAGGAAAGAGGCGGCUAGAAAAUCUGUUUUAGUUCUAGGUGAAGAUUCUACUGAUAAUUCUAGUUCAUUUGAUGACGCGCCCAGUUUAAAAGACGAUAAAUCAAAUAAUGAACAUAAUCAAAAAAAUAAAGAUAGACAAAAUCCAACCAAAGUAGAACAUAUAACUAGAAUCGAACAAGAAACUGAAGUCAGCCUUGAUUACGAAGCUAAUGUUAUUGAUUCUAAAAGUGAUGAACUUAAAUCAAGUCUAUAUGAAAAAGUUAAAGCAAACGAAAGACUAGAAAGUUCAUCGAAGACGCAAUUAAAUAAUAAAAUAGACAUAGAAGCUGAUACUAAAAUUCUAAAGAAUGAUGAAAAUAAAACUGUGAAAUCAAAAGUAGUUUACAUACUCAAUGAUGAAGACAUUUUCAAUAGUCCAGUUGAAAAACCAGCUGUAAAACCAAAUAAAGUUUUAAAUAUAGUAGACGACGAUGAUGAUGAUUUAUUUAGAAAUUUAGCUACCUCCAGUAAAACAGUUGAACCAAAAUCUGCUAUAAACACCUUAGGAAAUGUUUACAAUCAAACCAAAAUUGCAGAAAAAGAAAAAAGAGAUGCAAACAUGAAAAAGUCGAUAUUCGAUGAUUUGAGCGAAGAUGAAAAUGAAUUGUUUAAUGCUAAGACAAAAGUCGUUAAACCUAAGAGUAUUCUAGAUUCAGAUAGUGAAGACGACCUAUUCGGCGGUAAGAAAGUCACGAAAGAGAAACCAGUAAGUGUGAAAGAGAUGGCAGAUGUGAAAUCUAAAAUUGUAGUGAAACCUUCGUUGUUCGGUGAUGAAGACGAUGACGGUGAUGAUUUGUUCGGUGCCAAAACUAAAGUCGAUACAGCUACGAGUUCUUUGCCUGUAAAACAAACGGCUAAAGAUGUGGUUAGCAAAACUCCAGAACCUGUUCUCAACGAUCCAUUGUCUUUGCUUAGUGAAGACGAUUAAUACAUAUGAAUAAAAUUAAAAAUAAAUGAAUUUUGUCUAUGUAAUGUGAAUAUUAAUAUAUACUAUUCAACGAAUUAUGAUUGAAAGUAGUUUAAUAAAACAUUUAUUGUAUUUUAACUAGAUAUAGGAAAAUAAAUCAUUAUUAUUUUUAUUAUUAAAAAUGGAACAUGAAAUUUAUUAAUUAGGCAAUAUUUUAAUAUAUUUACAAAGAUGCGCUUUUAUUUUCUUAUGUGUUUAUUUCUUUAUCUAGAAGUAUUAAAAAAAAUAUAACGGAGUUUUUGGCGGGAUUUCAUCGAGUGUGGUUGGCGUCUUAUUUUAAUUAUUCUUAAAUUCGUUCAUAGUGGAUAUUGUGAAAUAAAAUUGGUGUGAUUUUGUGUCACAACUGUCUGCGUAACUGAAGAAUUAGUAGAAUCGUCAAAAUAUACGCUAUUCCGGCCAAGUGGACGUGAGAAUUUUAUUGUAGUAUUGACUACCUCACAGAAGCUUAUCGAAAAAGCCAGCUCGAUACAUUUCGUGCCAAACACUUCAAGAAACAUUAGAAUGCGUCACACCGACAUUCUAAUGUAAAAAGAAAAACAGAAUAAUUUAACUUAAGACUAGGCUGUAUGGGCACUGUUCCCCUUGCCUUCCCUGAAAAGGGAGAAUUUAACCAAAAAAAAAAUAUAUAACGAUAAAUGAACACUAGCACAUUAAUUUGUUUGUUGUUUUUAGCACUCGUUUUCUUGUAGUUUUGUGUUCAGUAACAUCUGUAUGAGAUAGAGUGAGGGUAUUCAACCUGCUUACCCUCAGUGCCCUAUUCUACCAAGUCGACAUUCAUGUCACUAACAAUUGUCGACAAUCUGUCACUAUAGAUGAUAAGCAAUAAUUUUGAGAAUUAUUUUCAGAAAUGCUUUUGAAAAUGACAGCCAUUUUGUUGCAAUUAUCCUUAUCUUACUUCAAUGACAAUUUUGUUGUGUAACCGAUGUGAUCGUGAUGGUAUUUUUAUUUAGGUCCAGUUAUUUGACAAAUUGACGAUAAAUUUUGCUAUGAGAUCGGGGCUGUCAAAUUUCCGUUACAAUUGUAGCGUUUUCGAUGUUAGUUACAAAAUGGCUCUCCCCUCAAAAGUUUGAAAAGAUGAGUUCUUAUACAGAAGAAUUUGGUAUCACUGAUUUUGCGUUCAAAGAAAAAUCCUAAUCAGCAAAACUAGUAUCGAAAAUGUAAUUAAUGUAAUCGUUAAAUAACAAACAUAGCAAAAGUCACCUAACAAAAAAUCGUCGGCUUACAUCUGUCAAUGACAUAUGUCGCCUUGGUGAAAUAGGACCGAGGUUAAAUUGCUUUUAUGUUGUAUGAACGCUCUUUUGUUAUAAAAAAAAAUGUUAAAAAAUGUAUAAGUAAAAUCUGAUAAAACUACUAGUCUUUUUAAAAUCACUUUUUAUUAAUUUAUUGUAAUUAAUUAUUUGCAUGCAAAUAAUUAAUUACAAUAAAUUAAUAAAAAGUCUGGAAAAGGACACAGUCAAUAAAGUUCAGUUUUAAUUUGAAAAAAUAAAUAAAUAAUCAAAAUAUUCAAUUAAAAUCGCUACUGAAUAUAAUUUAUUAGAACAUAUGUGAUUUGCACUUGUAUGAAACUCAAACACGUAUUCCGAAUAUACAAACUAGAAACAUGUGGAUAAAUAUUAUAAAUAUGAAUACCUAUAACUGUUACUUUAUUACAAAAAAUAAAGAUGUGGUUUUUGGUUCUACUACACCAAUGGUCAAGAGAUGGCGCUGUAGUCUCCUGAAUCGCGCUUUGGUUCCGUUGUUCCAGAUUAAUAAAUACUUUUGAUAGGCCUUCACAAUGCAGUCGUUAGCACCCACUAAAUACAGAUUCUAUUUCUAUUUUGUUGGUAGAUUUUCUUAAUGUGCGGUAAACACAAAAGUAACAGCAUGAAGUUGGUCGCUAAAGCGACCAACUUCAUUAUGUUAAAAUGAUGCGCGCGCAUCUUAAAAUUUCACUCUCAUCGUUUUU